CUCAACGAUUAGUUUACUUUUCGAAUCGAACGCGUAAACAACCGCUUUAAUGAAUAUGUUGUUGCUCAAAGCAAUAUUCGUAGUGUUUCUUUUGGCCAAACAUCACCAAGUGGAUGCGCUAAUAUGCAGUCGCUAUCCGACAAAUACAAAUAUGCCAAAAUCCCCGGUAGAUGAGAAUUUCGUGGUCACAAUCAGUGGGAAUCCGCAAACUUACGUUUUGGGGCAGGAAUAUAAUGUCACUAUUCAAGCUUAUAAUGGCGUUCGAUUCAUCAGUUUCAAGCUGGCGCUAGAAAAUGAAAAUGGCGACCCGAGUCUAAGUCAAGAUCUUGGGCAUUUCGAGCUGCUCGACCCCGUAGAGACACGCUACAGCCCGAAUUGUAUCAAUAUGGUAGAAAGCACAAACACAAAUCCGAAGACGCGCAUCGAUGUCUCAUGGAUAGCACCCGAAGCACCUGGCUAUGGUUGUGUGCUCAUACGCACAACGUUGUUACAGCACCGUGAUGUUUGGUUCAUGGACGAUGGUGGACUCACGCGACGAAUCUGCGAAGAAAGCGUCGACGAAGUGGAAAGUGCGCCGGCGAAUGCAGAAAGGAACAGCUGCUGUGCUUGCGAUGAGGCACGCUAUGAGCUCACUUUCGAAGGUACUUGGUCGCGAAAUCUGCAUCCGAAAGACUUUCCUGCGAAAGGUUGGAUAACGCGUUUCAGCGAUAUUGUCGGCGCCUCGCAUACGGCCGACUAUCGUUUCUGGGAGUAUGGACAAAUGGCUACUGAAGGUAUGAAAGAAUUUGCCGAGCACGGUUCGGCGCAGACACUGGAGCGUGAAUUUAACUACAACUUUAAGGAUGGUAAAAUACGCACUAUAAUUAAAGCGCGCGGUCCUGCCUUUCCUAACUUAAAUGGGCAAUCGCUAGCAUCGAUACGCGUGGAUCCGCAACAUCAUUUGCUAUCACUUGCUUCCAAAAUAGACCCUUCGCCUGAUUGGAUUGUGGGCGUGUCGGGUUUGGAGCUCUGUGUGCCCAAUUGCACUUGGUUAGAUCAGAAAACUAUUACCUUGUAUCCGUGGGAUAUCGGCACCGAUGCUGGGCCUUCUUAUACGUCACCGGAUCAGCCCCAAGUUCCCGCUGAUGUAAUACGUCGCAUGCGCUCCGACUUUCCAAACGAUCCACGAUCGCCAUUUUUUGACAAUACUGGCGCGCCUAUGAAACCCUUAGCUAUACUAAAGAUUAGACGGCAAAGACUCUAUGAUCGUCUUUGCGAAGAUGAAGACUCAAAUAAUUUCGAUGUUCCCCGCGAAUGCUAUACUCAUCCUUGGACUGCGUGGAGUGAGUGCACUGCUAAGUGCGGUGAAGGACGCCAAUACCGAACGCGCGUCUACAAACAGCCGGAAGUGGCAAACAUCUUCAACUGCGAGGUGGAAAUGCGACAAGAUCGCGGCUGUAUGGGCGAAGAUUGUGGACGUGAUGAGCGACGAUUUGAUAGAAUGAGAGGUCGGGAUAUAAACGAUGAAGAUGAUUAUCUAGAAGGAGAGGAAAGAGAAGACUCAACUGGAUCAAUAUCACGGGCGGAUUGUCAAUUGACUGGCUGGGCUGCUUGGUCGCCUUGCAGUCGUACCUGCGGGGAGGGUAGAAUGAUGCGCAGACGUCAAUAUGUAAAUCCGAUGGCGGAAGCCAGAUGUCAGGGUGUGAAAUAUGCGCGCCUAGUAGAGUAUCAGAAAUGUAUGGGACGAGAAUGUUUGGAAGGCGUGCGAGGUGGACGCAGAAACCAGGUAAUAGGAGACGACGACAAGCAAACUGAAGCCCACGACGAGGAGGAGAAGGAAGAAAACGGGAAUGAAAAAGAGGAAGAAGUCGAAGAAAAUGAGGCAAAUGGUGGAGUCGAACCAAGAAAAGAAGACGAGCACGAGGACAACGCCGUCGAAGUUGAAAACGAAAAAUUAGAUGAGAAGCAAGACUUAGCAAAACCGGAUUUUAGUAACUGGGAGCAAAAUCGUGACAGAAACAGUUAUGGCUAUAGGAGACCAACCAACUCGCAGGAACAAAAUCGUAAUGCGGACGAAGAGGAUGAGCAGGAAGGAGAGGGAGUAGACGAAGACGGAGGGGAUGAAGACGAAAAUGGAGAAGAGGACGAGGACAAAUACGGAAACUUACCAAAUAAUCGUUACGGCUAUGGUAACCGUUAUAACAUAGCGGGUCGGCGUAGAGGUAAUUCGAAUGACGACGACCAAGCUGAAGUCAAUGGAGGUAACCGUUCUCCGAAUCGUUUCGGUUACAACAAUCGUUUCUACGGCGGCGGCAGACGACCUGAUGAGGAAGAAAACGAAGUGGAUCAGGAGGAAGACGCCUUCGAAAGCCCAAAUAAUCGAGGCAGAAACUGGCGUCCUGAUUCACGCUUUAAUCCGGUAGAAGAUUUAGAAGAAGAUCUCGAUACUGAGCCUGUGGAAACUCCAGCAUACUGCUUUAAAACGCUAACCAUGUAUCCUUGUCUCAGUUCGGGGACGGUGAGAAAUUAUUGGUUCUACAACUACUGUGAAGACGAGUGUAUGCUCUUUUCAGCCAAUAGUUGUGAUAAGAAUGAAAAUAAAUUCACAUCGUUGGAAAUGUGCGAAGAGACAUGUCGCUCGCCGGGAAACGAGGAGUUGCUGCUGCGGAAACAGCGGCGAGGCUGUAGUAGAGCGAAUGAGCCAAGGAAUUUGCGUAGGAAAUAUUCUAGAUUUUAAGUUAAUUUUUAAAUACAUAUUUUUAUACGGUAAGAAAUUUUUAUUUAGGUUAACUUUGCAUUAGAUGAAUUUUUUAUUUAUACAAUUAUUUAAAUAAAUCAAAAAAUACAUAACUAUGAGUGAGUAUGAACAUAAUUUACACUUAGGUUAAAGAUAUGACACAUAAUUUUUUCGCCAAAGCAAAUAAAUUAAAAAAAAAAAAAAACUGAGGUUAAACGAAAAAUCUUUUUUUUUUUGAGCAUGAAACAGGAUCUUUAAAAUUGAAGCGCCAGUAUGUAAAGAAAAUAGGACUUUGAUCAUAUUUAUAUAAAAA